GCCUCGCCGCUGUCGCCGCUGCAGGGACACUCGUUGCGACUGCGCCCCUGCGUCUCAGCUGCGCCCCCGCCACGCUCCAUACCGCGCUGAACUUUCAGUGGUCCCAGCCCAGCGCUGUGUAUGGGCACCGCUUCAAGCUGUCCCAGAAGCUGCCGCAAGGGCUGAGGUAUUGCGCGGAUUUCAUCAGCGAAGCAGAGGAGCGGGAACUCGACCAGCUGCUUUCAACCGGCCCAUGGUUGAGGCACAUCAAGAGCCGAGCCCAGCAGUUUUUCGGGCUGGUCUACUACCAGACAACCCAGCAGCUUCCCGCGCUCCAGCCCUCCGAGCUUUCCGCGCAGAACGAGGCUCGCUCCAUGGAGGACUUGCCGGAGUGGCUAAUGCAGAGGGUUCUGGCCACUGGCGCUUUCCCGCGGGAGGGUGAAAUCAACCAGGUUGCGGCGAACGAGUACCUGGACAGGGCAGGCAUCUCCUCCCAUGUGGAAGAGCCCACUGCUUUUGGCCGCAACCUGGGCACGCUCUCGAUGCUGUCGCCGGUGCAGAUGACGCUGACUCCUGCCGAGGAGGAUUUGCACGGACGGGACGGCUUGGAUCAUGGGAACUGGGUAAAGAUUCUUCUCGAGCCGAGAAGCUUCCUCCUGUUGCAAGGUCGCAGAGUCUCGUGA